AUGCUCGCCCGCACCACGCUCCUCUUCGUCCUCGUCCUCGCGGCCGUGAGCGGUACGUUGGCGUCCGUCUCGCCGCUCGCUCUGUCUGACCAGCCCGCAGCCCUCGCGGCGCCCGACCGUGCCGACCUGGCUCGCGCGCACGCUGCUGCGCUCUACCGCCGCCAGGCGUCGGCGUCUGCUACUGCUGGUGCCCAGAACAGCCUCGGCGGAUCGCUCGGCACCAACGGCGUCGUGUACGCCACUGGCGCUGGCAACUCUGGUGAGCCGGUCGCGUGUCUCAGCUCGUGCACGACGUGGGACUCGCUUUACACCGGGUGCAUGAACAACGACACGGCGAGCUGCUUUGGGAUUUGCACGCCAUACAACUGGAACCAAGUCGUCGACUGCUUCAGCUGCACGGCCAAGGCCAACGGUCUGAACGCGACGGGCAUCGACAACGUCAAGGCGUCGCUGACCAACCUGGCCAAGUCGUGCGCCGACGCCGGCUCACCCGUGGGCAGCAUCGCGUCUCUGACGCUGAGCUCCACCACGACCAACCUCUUCUCCGGGCUGACGGUCGCGACGCCGACGCCAGCGACCCCGACGAGCGGCCACAGCAGCAGCAGCAGCACGAACGGCGCUGUCGGCCCCGGGGGCGGUAUCCCCAUUGCGCCGGCGUCGACCAGCGGUGGCGGAGGCAACGGCAACGCACAGCCACCCGCCAGCUCCAAGCCCGCGUCGUCCGGCGCGGCGGCGGAGGACGCGCUCUCCCUCGCGGCCGUGUUCGUCGUCGUGCUCGCCUCGACGCUCGUGACGCUGUAA